GAUGGAAAGAAGAAGGGGAAGGGAUGGGAAGGAACGAAGGAAGAAGGGAAGGAAAGGAAGAAGGGAUGGAAGGAAGGAAGGAAAGAAGGAAGGAGGGAGGGAGAGAGAGUAAGAGGAAGAGCGGGGUGGGAAGGGAAGGAUGGAAGGGCGAUGGGAGGAUGGAAAGAAGAAGGGGAAGGGAAGGGAAGGAACGAAGGAAGAAGGGAAGGGAAGGAAGGAAGGAAAGAAGGAUGGAUGGAAGGAAGGAAGGAGGGAAAGAAGGCAGAGGGCUUUCCCCCUCCGCUCUGAAGCCAAGCCAGGAGGGUGGCCCCCCCCUCGUGAGUGGGGCUGGCGGGGGGGUGAGGGAGAGGGGGGUCUUUGUGCUUUCGAGGGGGGAGAGGUCUCUUGGGGGGCGAGAGGAUCCUGCCCGGGGGGGGGGAGGGAGGAGGCCUCAUCCUGCUCCGGUACCUGCCUGUCCCCGGCGGCGGCUGCAUCUCCCUCCUCCUUCCUUCCUUCCUUCCUUCCUCUCUCCUCCUCUUCCUCCUCCUCCCUCCCUCCCUCCUCGGUCUCCUUGGCGACGCGGCGCUCCGUCUCUUCCUCCGGCGAGGCCUACCUUCCCGCGCGGGCGCCCCGGCCUCGCGUAGCCUCUGUGCCCGGCGAGGCGGCGCCUGGGCGGGGGCGAAGAAGGCGCCUCCCUCUUCCUCGGGGGGCCGGAGAGGUGCGGGGGCGCGGGGGGGAAGGCCCGCUCCGCUUUGCCCGCCGGGGGGGCACCGAGGAACCGGCUCGGGGGGGGGGUGUUUUGCUUUGCAAGGGGGGCAGAAUUGGGGGGGGGGUCUGCUGCUCUCCUUAGGAGGUGGGGAGAUUAAACCCCCCCCCAGUUUGGGGGGUGUCUCUGCUGGUCCCCUAUGGGCAGGGGGGCUGCCCUACUAGAGGCAGGCAAAGGGAGGGGUGCAAAGAGCCAAUAAUAAUAAUAAUAAUUAAUAAUAAUAAUAAUAAUGGGGUGCAGCAGAGCCAGGAAAGAUGCCUGGUUUUUGGGGGGCUCAUUCUGGUGCCAGGUGGGCACUGCAUGCCUGUGCCCAUGACGCACAGGUGGUCCUGACUGGUGGUGGUGCCAGCAAUUAAUAAUAAUAAUAAUAAUAAUAAUAAUGGGGUGCAGCAGAGCCAGGAAAGAUGCCUGGUUUUUUGGGGGGCUCAUUCUGGUGCCAGGUGGGCACUGCAUGCCUGUGCCCAUGACGCACAGGUGGUCCUGACUGGUGGUGGUGCCAGCAAAUAAUAAUAAGAAUAAUAAUAAUAAUGGGGUGCAGCAGAGCCAGGAAAGAUGCCUGGUUUUUUGGGGGGCUCAUUCUGGUGCCAGGUGGGCACUACAUGCUUGUGCCCAUGACGCACAGGUGGUCCUGACUGGUGGUGGUGCCAGCGAUUAAUAAUAAUAAUAAUAAUAAUAAUAAUAAUGGGGUGCAGCAGAGCCAGGAAAGAUGCCUGGUUUUUGGGGGGCUCAUUCUGGUGCCAGGUGGGCACUACAUGCUUGUGCCCAUGACGCACAGGUGGUCCUGACUGGUGGUGGUGCCAGCGAUUAAUAACACACAACACAUAUAAUAAUGGGGUGCAGCAGAGCCAGGAAAGAUGCCUGGUUUUUUGGGGGGCUCAUUCUGGUGCCAGGUGGGCACUGCAUGCCUGUGCCCAUGACGCACAGGUGGUCCUGACUGGUGGUGGUGCCAGCGAUUAAUAAUAAUAAUAAUAAUAAUAAUGGGGUGCAGCAGAGCCAGGAAAGAUGCCUGGUUUUUUGGGGGGCUCAUUCUGGUGCCAGGUGGGCACUGCAUGCCUGUGCCCAUGACGCACAGGUGGUCCUGACUGGUGGUGGUGCCAGCGAUUAAUAAUAAUAAUAAUAAUAAUAAUAAUGGGGUGCAGCACAGUCAGGAAAGAUGCCUGGUUUUUUGGGGGGCUCAUUCUGGUGCCAGGUGGGCACUACAUGCCUGUGCCCAUGACGCACAGGUGGUCCUGACUGGUGGUGGUGCCAGCAAUUAAUAAUAAUAAUAAUAAUAAUAAUAAUAAUGGGGUGCAGCAGAGCCAGGAAAGAUGCCUGGUUUUUUGGGGGGCUCAUUCUGGUGCCAGGUGGGCACUGCAUGCCUGUGCCCAUGAUCCACAGAUGGUCCUGACUGGUGGUGGUGCCAGCGAUUAAUAAUAAUAAUAAUAAUAAUAAUAAUGGGGUGCAGCAGAGCCAGGAAAGAUGCCUGGUUUUUUGGGGGGGCUCAUUCUGGUGCCAGGUGGGCACUACAUGCCUGUGCCCAUGACGCACAGGUGGUCCUGACUGGUGGUGGUGCCAGCGAUCAAUAAUAAUAAUAAUCAGUGCUUUUUUCUGGGGGGACGCAGGGGUAUGGAUACCCCUAAACAUUUUGUGAAUCUAAGUUUGGCCUCAUCGACAGGCAGUAUUUCAAUAUGAGUCGGAAAAUGAGAGUCUCCUAAACAUUUUUUUAAAGAAAAAAAGCACUGAUACUACUACUAAUUUAUUUAUUUAUACCCUGCCCAUCUGGCCAGGUUUCCCCAGUCACUCUGGGUGGCUCCCAAUAGAAUUAAAGGCACAAUAAAACAUUAACAACUUCUCAAAACAGCAUCAGGCUUGGUAGUGGGACCCCUAGAUGCUAAUAAUAAUAGUAAUAAUAAUGUUGUUAUUUGUAUCCCCACCCAUCUGACUGGGUUUAUUUUUAUUUUUUUAUUUAUUUAUAAAAACCACAAUAUAUAAAAUCAAGAUAAAAACAACAAUCCGGUAACGUGUCCCCCCCCCCGCCCCCCAAAGAAGCCACAUUUUAAAAGGGCAUAGGAUGGGGUUGCCUCAGUCAUUCUACCCAGGCAGGUUCCAGCAAAUAUAUAAACAAUAAAAGGGCUGCCAUUUGGCACUGGGUCUGCACCAGUGACAUGCUUGCAAAAUUAAAUCUUCUAUAAAUGCAGUAAUAUCAUUUAUGCAAUUUUAUUAAAGUGUGUGUGUGCGUGUGUGCGCAUGUGAUUGAUUGUAAAUUGCCUCCAGACAUUCUUAGUGGGAAAAGCCAUGGAAAACCUAAUCAAUUUAAUUUGUUUCCCUUUUGUGCCAUGUCUUUUAGAUUGCAAAGGCUGUUUGCCUAUUGCUCUUAGCAAGCUGUGAUAUUCUUUAAUUUCAUUAUCAAUUAAUAUUGCCAUUUCAAAUAAAAAAAUUGAGUCUAAAUCACUUCGAUACUUUAGAAAUCCGGUAAAAUCUAACCCUGACUGGAGCAUUUGGCAUCUCCUUUGCCCUGUGGCAAGCUCCAGUCUGGGCAGGGAAAAGAUGCCAGGGGUCAGCAAACUUUUUCAGCAGGGGGCCGGUCCACUGUCCCUCAGACGUGUGGGGCUGGGCUAUAUUUUGAAGAAAAGAAGAAUGAAUUCCUAUGCCCCACAAAUAACCCAGGGAUGCAUUUUAAAUAAAGGACACAUUCUACUAAUAUAGAAACACGCUGAUUCCCGGACCAUCCGCGAGCCAGAUUUAGAAGGCGAUUGGGCCGGAUUCGCCCCCGGGCCUUAGUCUGCCUACCAAUGGAAAAGAGGGUUGCCAGGUACCAGGCGUAAUAGGAUUCAGAGUUCCACCGUUGUCCCUCUGGCCUUACAGGUGUCGCGCUGAUCCUGCCAAAGCCUGAUGGCCGAGGAGAUGGCCGAUGGAGACGCCAGUCUGGAGCUGGAUCAGGAGAAAUACGACGCUGAUGAGAACGUGAAGAUUAUCUGCCUUGGGGACAGCGCAGUGGGGAAGUCCAAGUGAGUGGCCGAGAAAAAGUCCCAAAGGAUAUCUGGCUUAUCUAUUCCCGCCCAGAGGUUCUGCGCUUUGCUUCCGUCGCUGACGUUUCCAUUUCCUUUACAGAGGUUUUCUUUGGACGGGCAGCAUAGAUAUAUGGCACCCUCUCUGUGUUUUGGAGAGGGCCGGAUUUAGGUUUGAUGAGGCCCUAAGCUCCUGAAGGUAAUGGGGCCCUUUCUGUGUCCGGCUGUCCUUUGCCAACAACAAAUUGCUGCUGUUUUUGUGUGUUGAAUAUAUGCUAUGUGGUCAUUUAUGGACCUAAUAGGUAUCUAAAGCCAUUUGCACAUCACAAAAUACGUAUUUUAUCAAAGUAAUUGUUGAACUGAAAUACAAUUAAGAAGUAGUACAGUGGUACCUCCAGUUGCGGACAGGAUCCGUUCCGGAGCUCUGGUUGGAUCCCGAGGUUUCCGCAACCGGAAGGACCGCUUCUGCACAUGCGCGCACGGCGAAACCCGGAAAAAUACUUCUGGGUUUGCUGCAUCUGCAUCCUGAAGGAUACGCAACCAGAGGUGUGCGUAUCCAGAGGUACCACUGUAUAUUAAUAGUGAAAUACAAUUAAGAAGAAAUAUAUUCAACCAGCGAUAUUUUAGGGAGCAGGCUAGCAGGCGGGGCCCAUGACUUGCAUCACAGGAGCCUACACAACACAACAGACUUGCUGCAUAUAGCUUUCAUUUUAUUGGUUUUUCAUCUUCUAUUUUGGAAGUGUACAUUCAGGUUUUUUGCCUUUCAAAUUUUUGGGGGUCCCCAAGAGAGUGGAGCCCUAAGCUAUAGCUUGUUUAGCUUAUACGUAAAUCUGGCCCUGGUUUCGGACUACAUCUCCCAUUGGCCCCAGAGGUAGAGCAUAGGCAUUGUGGCAAGUAGCCAAAGAGACCUUAUUCUCUGGCGCAGCUCAGAAUGGAGGAUGCAGAGUGUGGCCAAAAAAGCCUUUUUAUCUUUACACCUCUUUGAUUUUUCUGAACGGGCCCGUUCCUCACUAGGUUUCUGUUUCCUUCUCUUUCAGGUUAAUGGAACGCUUUCUCCUGGAUGGGUUGUAUCCUUUGAGAUCUUGCAAACUUACACAGACUGCAGCCCAGAAAGGGGUGGGGGUGUUGGCGGCAUUUAAUUCCUUUGCUUGUUUGAGAUUAAAACUCCCUUGCACUCACGGCAACGGCUCUUAUUGGUUAGAGCAGUUUCCAUACUUGGGCCUCCAGCUGCUUUAUGGACUACAACUCCCAUCAUCCUUUGCUAGCACAACCAGUCAUCAGGGAUGAUGGGAAUGGAAUUGUAGUCCCAAAACAGCUGGAGACCCAAGUUUGGGAAAACCUGGGUUAGAUUGCGACGCUGAUAAUGCCAAGGUUGCAGGUUUGAUCCCCAUAUGGGAGAGCUGCGUAAUUCCUGCAUUGCAGAGGGUUGGACUUGAUGACCCCCAGGGUCCCUUCUACAAUUCUGUCUGCAGCUUAUCCAUUUUUGCAUACUGUAUACACCUCCCCCACAUACAGCUGAAACUCGAAAAAUUAGAAUAGCGUGGAAAAGUUCAUUUAUUUCAGUAAUUCAACUUAAAAGGUGAAACUAAUAUAUGAGAUAGACUCAUGACAUGCAAAGCGAGAUAUGUCAAGCCUUUAUUUGCUAUAAGUGUGAUAUCUCAUAUAUUAGUUUCACCUUUUAAGUGAACCCCCUCACCUGAGCAAUAGGUGUAUAAUAUAAGCUUCUCUUAUAUUAAUUAAUGAAGUAUUAGGUGUUUUGGGCGGACACUUUUCUUUGAUAGGGAGCGGAAAUGGUUUAAAUACCUAAUAGUCAUUUUGCUUAUAAUAUUUUUCUUCAACCAGGGUUUUGGCGGAUUAAUAUUCUACAGCCUUUUAAAUGUGUCGGGGGGGGGGGCAUUAUAGUUUUGCUGUUUUGUUUCACUUACUUGUUUUUAUCCUGCAUUUAUUCCGUGAACCGCCCUGAAAUCUUUUGAUGUAGAGCGGUAGGUAAAUAAAAUAAAUAAGCAAUAAAAGGGCAGGGAGGUGUCCUGGCACGUAGCUGACGGCUGCAUCUGUUGCUUAAUGGUGAAAUGAUGGCCGUCUGAAAUGAGGUUUCUCGGUUAGAUUAAAAAACGGUGACAUUGCUUGAAAGGCGCCUUGACUCGCACCCGCAGCAAGCCUCACCAGCUCUCCACCUUCGCCCUGACACUCUACAAGCAUACAGCCACCGUGGAUGGCAAGACGAUCCUCGUGGGUGAGAGCCUUGCUGGGCAGGGGAUCUUUGGGCCCCGUGGGACUCGGGAACUGGGGUCUCUCAAACUCCCUUUCGGAGCAGCACCUGCUCAGGGGGAAGCUGCUUGCGUCUUGCCCCUGUCAGAUCAGAAAACCUCCAAGUGGAUUCAUGCAAAAUUUAGUGGGGUAGUAGGAGAGCUGGGGAGGGAAAUGACAUGUGGCAACCAGUAUGCCCCUUGGGUUUCAUACAUGGGUAAAGGUAAAGGGACCCCUGACCGAUAGGUCCAGUCGUGGCCGACUCUGGGGUUGCGGCGCUCAUCUUGCUUUAUUGGCCGAGGGAGCCAGCAUACAGCUUCCGGGUCAUGUGGCCAGCAUGACUAAGCCGCUUCUGGCGAACCAGAGCAGCGCACGGAAACGCCGUCUACCUUACCGCCGGAGCAGUACCUAUUUAUCUGCUUGCACUUUGACGUGCUUUCGAACUUCUAGGUUGGCAGGAGCAGGGACCAAGCAACGGGAGCUCACCCCGUCGUGGGGAUUGGAACCGCCGACCUUCUGAUCGGCAAGUCCUAGGCUCUGUGGUUUAACACACAGCGCCACCUGCGUUUCGACAAGUCUAAAAAGCUUGGGACACAAAUGUUCAUGGUCCUCUAGCAGCUAUGGUGGCUCAUUUAUGAUGUAUUUAGCAUUAUAAUAAUAUAAUAAUAAUUUAUUACUUAUACCCCGCCCAUCUGGCUGGGUUUCCCCAGUCACUCUGGGUGGCUUCCAACAGAAGAUUAAAAAUACGUUAAAACAUCAGUCAUUAAAAAACUUCCCUGAACAGGGCUGCCUUCAGAUGUCUUCUGAAUGUCAGAUAGUUGUUUAUUCCUUUGACAUCUGGUGGGAAGGCGUUCCACAGGGUGGGUGCCACUACCGAGAAGGCCCUCUGCCUGGUUCCCUGUAACUUGGCUUCUCACAGCGAGGGAACCGCCAGAAGGCCCUUGGCGCUGGACCUCAGUGUCCGGGCAGAACGAUGGGGGUGGAGAUGCUCCUUCAGGUAUCCUGGGCCGAGGCCGUUUAGGGUUUUCAAGGUCAGCACCAACCCUUUGAAUUGUGCUCGGAAACGUACUAAGAGCUAAUGUAGGUCUUUCAGGACCGGUGUUAUAUGGUCUUGGCGGCCACUCCCAGUCACCAGUCUAGCUGCCGCAUUCUGGAUUAGUUGUAGCUUCUGGGUCAGCUUCAAAGGUAGCCCCUUGUAGAGUGCAAUGCAGUAGUCCAAGCAGGAGAUAACCAGAGCAUGCACCACUCUGGUGAGACAGUCCGCGGGCAGGGAGGGUCUCAUCCUGCAUACCAGAUGGAGCUGGUAGGCAGCUGCUACGGACACAGAACUGAUCUGCCCCUCCAUGGACAGCUGGGAGUCCAAAAUGACUCCCAGGGUGCGCACCUGGUCCUUCAGGGGUACAGUUGCCCCAUUCAGGACCAGAGAGUCUUCCAUACCCACCCACCCCCUGUCCCCAAAAACAGUACUUCUGUCUUGUCAGGAUUCAACCUCAAUCUGUUAGCCGCCAUCCAUCCUCCAACUGCCUCCAGGCACUCACACAGGACCUUCACUGCCUUUACUGGUUCUGAUUUGAAAGAGAGGUAGAGCUGGGUGUCAUCCGCAUACUGGUGAACACCCAGCCCAAACCCCAUGAUGAUCUCUCCCAGCGGCUGCAUGUAGAUGUUAAAAACCCAGUUGAUGUGAGUUUUAAUAUGUUUUUAGCCUAUUGUUAUUUUCACUUUUCAAAAGUCUCAAAUUAUUCUUAACUUCUCUUGUUAAGUUUUUUGCAAGCCGCUUUGAGGUUUGUUUGUUUUAUAAUCAAGCAGCGCAUAAUUUUUUUGAAAUACAUAAUAAGAAGAGGAAACCCUGGGCAAGUUUUUUUUUUUUUUGGUGGGAGGGGGAGCACAGAAAGCAAAGCAGGUAAGAGAAAAAGUUUCGCAUCCAGUGAGUUUUGGUUUACUCAGGCUCUUCAUCGGGGAGUAAAUGCAGAAGUUCAGUGAGAUAUUAAAUUUUCUUUGCUUCCUCUCCCCCCCCCCCCCGCGCCCAGUAGUGGGCUACCAGGGGUGGGCUAGCUAGGGUCAGGAAAAUAUAAGCCAGGUAGAUCACAGAUAGGAAGCCUUGUUUUCCUGUGGCCCUUUGCGAUGGAGGAAGAGCUUCUACAUCCUCCUUCACCUGCUAAACUCUCAAGAAGCAUUCUGUGACCAGAGUGUGCUUGUCUCUAGGGCAGCCUUUCUCAGCCUGUGGGUCCCCAGAUGUUGUUAAACUACAACUCCCAUCUCCCCUAGCUAGCAAGGUCAGAGCUCAGGGAUGAUGGGAGUUGUAGUCCAACAACAUCUGGGGACCCACAGGUUGAGAACCGCUGAUCUAGAGAUUUAUUCCUUUAUUUAUUCAUUUGCACACCACUUUGAUCAUCAGAAAACCUCAGAGGGAUUUCCGGUUUCCAAGAAAUGUAAAGCGAUAGAAUUAUCACAAAGUGACCUCAGCGCUAACUUUAAAAGUUAAGAUAGGCUGGGAGCAGAUUAAACCCUGCAUCAACUUUCUAAACCCCUGGGUAAGCUAGAUGUGCAGCUUUCUUCCCCGCUAUGGUUAAUGCAGCCGUGGGCCAUUCCUGCUUUUCAGACUUCUGGGACACGGCUGGGCAGGAGCGCUUCCAGAGCAUGCAUGCUUCCUACUACUACAAGGCUCACGCCUGCAUCAUGGUAAGUGGGUGGGCUGCCUUUUGGGCAGGGGCUGCAGAGGGGGCACCAGGGGUGGCAGGCUGGAAGCGGGGAAGCCUGGUGUGGCUUUGAGAAGUUCGGGCAAGGCUUUGGCUCGGGCUGUGUGUGCUUUGCCAAGCUCUCCCACAGAGCUGCGUCUUUCCCCCUGCUUGUUCUGGGUCAGCCUAGACUUCCGUACGCAACUCGUGUUAUGGGAUGUGAGUAUUCUGCAGAGCCGGGAUUCUACAAUAGGAAAUCCUGUGUGGAAUUAUGUACGUCCAGGGGGAAAAAAUCUUGGCUGCUGUUUUAAAAAGGUACAGUGGUACCUUGGUUGUCAAAUGGCUUGGCUCCUGAAUAAAUCGACUCCAGGCCGCUGCAAACCCGACAUGAGUGUCCCGGUUUGUGAACCUUUUUUUUUUUUUUUUUUAAAUGAUAUUUAUUAAAAUUUCAAAAGAAAAAGAUUACAUUGAUUAAAAAAAAUAACAAUAGAAAAAAGAAAAAUACAAAGUACAAAAAAGAAAAAACAGUUAAAAACAAUUCCAUCUUUUCAUCACUUCUCUUACAUUUACUUGUUUCCCGGACCUCCUCAUACCUCCCUUUUUUGUAUUCCAAUUCAAUUUGUUAGUCCAGCAAUUCCUUUCCCUCCUUUUUAAUCCUAAUCUUUAAUCUUAAUAUAUUAUAACAUUAAGUUUUUACGUAUUGAAAACCAAUUUUUCCAUAUUCUUUUGUACCAUUGCAGCUAGAAACCACUUAACUUCAAUCCAACAUCAUUCUAACAUUCAUUAAUUUUACAAUAUUUCUGUAAGUAGUCUUUAAAUUUCUUCCAAUCUUCUUCCACCGACUCUUCUCCCUGGUCUCGGAUUCUACCAGUCAUUUCCGCCAAUUCCAUGUAGUCCAUCAUUUUCAUCUGCCAUUCCUCCAGUGUGGGUAGAUGGUUUGUGAACGUUUUUUGGAAGCCAAAUGUCCGACGCAGCUUCCAAUUAAGUGCAGGAAGUUUUCAAACAGUUCCAGGAGUUGAACGGACUCCUGAAACUGAUGUAAGUCCGAAAGCCAAGGUACCGCUGUAUCUGGUCAUUACGACCAUGAAGCCUGAGUGCUAGAGGUGGGCUUAUCAGCCCUUUCCGUGCCAGGGCCUUCCAUGGGUGCAAUUCCCUCCCCAGCAGUGGUUUCCAACCUUUUUUUGGCCAUGCCCCACUUAAGCAUUUCUAAACUCCUGGUGCCCCCCCCCCAUGACGUAUAAUUCUUUUUAUUCAAAAAGCAAACUCAUAUUCACAUGGAAGCCUAAAAGGCCAUUCACUGUUAAUUACUCAUUCUCGAAUUGCCCCCCCCCAAUUUAAUUGCUCCCCACGUUGGGAACCACGGCUCCCUGGUGAGGUUGCCUCCUGUAAUAUUGACUCCUGGGAAGAAUUUUUAAACAUUCCUCUUUACCCAUGUGUUUGAUGGCAGUCCUAAAACCAUUGGAUGGGAGACUGUGAUUGUUUUAAAGUGUUUUCAGAUAUAUUUUUACGUGUUUUAUCACUGGUGUUUUUAUUUUAUUUAUUUAUAUAAAAUAUUUAUAUAUAACUGUAUCAUAUAAACAUGUGGUUUACAAGAAUAUAAAAACAUGAAACCAUACUGCAGUAAAAUCACUUUGCCGACGUGAGCUCCUUUGGGAGGGAAGAGUGAAAUAUAAAUUGAAUAAAUAAGGAGCUCCCAAGAGCUCAGUUGCUGGGAGGGGGCAUCUGUUGCCCCAGCUGUGGGUCUGUUGCAGUGUGGUUUGUCUUGGUCAGCCGUGGGGCAGGGGAUCACUCUUCGCAUGCUGCGAAACACGACAUCAUUUAAGACUGGAGGCCUUUGGCAUUCCUGCUAGCUCCCGCAGAGCAUGCUUUUCCCUGGAGGCAUUUGGACCCUGCAAUUCCGCCACCGUCAGCGCCCCCCCCCCCAGCCAGCCCCUCAAGUUACUGGUUCGGGUCCUACCCUCUCUUCUGCUGCUCCUGUGGGGAGGACCCAAACCAGUGGCUUCAAAUUGCAAGAAGGGAGAUUCCAACUAAACAUUAGGUCGAGUUGAUCCCUGUAUAGGGAGGGUGCAAAUUUCUGCAUUGCAGGAGAUUGGACAAGAUGAUCUUCAGGGUCCCUUCCAACUCUGUGAUUCCAUAAUUAGGUCAAACUUUUGGGGACGUCAAACAUUGCUGACAUCUUGACGAAACCGUUGUUGUUUGUAAAAAACAAGCAAAUGUGUGAAUGUUUGGGUUUGCAAAGUUGGAUGAAAUACUUUGUAUGUGCUCAGAAGUUAAUUGCUCUGUGUGAGCUGUGAGGGAGUGUUGAAAUUUUUCUUCUGCGUGCAGCUUCACACGAAGUCAAUUAAGAGUUGGCCGAAAGCCAAGGGUACUGGGCAGAGGAGUAAUUCUGCCUGGAGAUAUGAGACCUUAGAUACAUCUCUACCAUUGGCUGAGGUCUCACACAGGCAUGAUGACUUAUGACCUAACCGACUGGAAAGGUUGUUGGUCAGUGUGGAGUCGUUUGGCGUUUGUUAAGAGAGAGCUAGUUAAGAUCCGUAUCUGUUCUGUUCUUGUACAUAGUAACUUGAAGUCUGCUUUAAUAAUAAACACCUCUAAGUAAACAAGUUACUGGUAGCAGCAUUUUGUUCCUGCUUCGUCCAUCCUGCCUGCAACUGAUUGCUUUUCGGAACGCUGCAUAUGCUCUGCUAAGGUCUGGCUAAGGUCCUGUAACAGGUCAAAGUUGCGAAACACCAAAAACUUUUUGGCUGUAAGAGUCAUUCAAUGGUGGAACGGGCUUCCUGGGAAGGUGGUGGACUCUCCUCCCUUGGAGGUUUCUAAGCAGAAGUUGGAUAGCCAUCUUUAAUGGAUUCUUUAGCUGUGAUUCCUACAUUGCCGGGGUUUGGACUGGAUUCUUGACUAUUUCAGGCCAGAGUGCCACCUGUGUCUGCAAUGGGCUCUUCCCUCUCUCUUGCCAGGUCUUUGACGUCCAGAGAAAGGUCACCUACAAGAACCUGAGCAGCUGGUACAAGGAGCUGCGGGAAUUCCGCCCCCAGAUCCCUUGCAUCGUGGUUGCCAACAAAAUCGACGGUGGGUCUCCUUGAAGCUCUGGGGGAGAGACCAGAUGUGUGCUGGCCUGUAGUUGUAAAAGCAAAGCUCACAAGCCUCAGCAACCACAUGAAUUAGGAGCAUCUGUUGGGCAGCAGGAUGAGUUCAGUGGUCGGAGAAUCCCUUCCCUUCCCGCAUAGCAAAGACAAGCAGAAAUUCCUGCUGGCUGCCAAAAGGCACACCAUGUGGUGGCCAGGCAGGCUUUCCUAAGGGAGGGCUAUUGAAUGAAUGAAUGAAUCUUUAUUUGCAUCAGCCAUAGCAAUGAAACAACAAUAGGAUAUACAGAAAUAAAAAGUCAAUUAUAUAAAAUACAUUUUAGGGUUUUGAAUCAAUGGUCAAAUAGUGGAUCUUAUGCCAACUGCCCCACAUAUAAACCUUGCAACAUUUGCUGUCACCUGCUCCUCUUGAUCUGCCAAGAGAAAGGAUGCUGUGGCAGUGGUCAGGCAACCUGGAAUGGACAAUAAAAGAGGGGUGAUAACCUCAUUCCUCAAGUCUUUAUAAAGAGUGCCUGCCAGAAGGGCAUGUGCCACCGAAUCGGUACUGCCAUCUCCACAGGGACAGAAGCAUUUUUUGUGAGGAAUCUGUUGGAAUCGUCCCUCAAGUACAGCCGAGGGCAAUACAUUCAAUCUUGCGAGAGCAAAAGCGUGUCUGUAUUUUAAAAUUGCUAGGUUAUGCAGAUAGGGUGCCAGAGAGUCGAAAUGGGAAGGUGGAAAAUAGUCUUACCACGGGCAGAAUUUCCUUAUUGUGGCCAAGUUGUUCUGACGCUCGUUAUCAUAGGAGCUGACAAAUUAGACUGUUUGCUUUACUAAAACCCAAAGUGAGUAGCUGUUGUGAUAAACCACAAGAGUGAAGUUUUUGAUAGACAAUUUUAGCCCAGGCACUCUUGUGACAAUCUUGCAGCAAGGGAGGCUAUUGCGCAUGGGGUGCCACCACUGCAAAGGCCCUGCCGUGCUCCCCUGCAGCACACACUUAAAGAGGGGAACAGAGAAAUCCCUCAUAUCAAAGAGAAGGGGGGGCAAAAAGAGUGUAGGGGAAUGUCAGGCCACUUUAACUUGUUGGUUUUCAACUUAGCACUCAGCCUCUGGACUUCAGAAUCCUUGACAGGCGGCUGGCUGAGGGUGAACUGAUUGGCAGGGCAGUGCCCCAUUUGCCCGAGUUGACCAGCUCCCACUGCUCCGCUGGCGUCAAUCCUGCCCAGAAAGCCAGUUCUUUUCUGAAUGCAGUAAUGAAAAUAAUCUGCUUUCUCUCCUGGGUCGAAGCCAGUGGAGGAAGGUAGUUCUGCAGAAGCUGGUUGGGCACAGCACUGAGUGGCUAGCAUUAGUGACGUUAACCACCUUCCUUCCUGCCCCCUAUUCAUGGAGCAGUUUUUCAACAUCAUUGUACUAGACUUUGUAUUUUAAACAAUAGCAAUCACAGGGAGAAAGAUGAGCGCUUUAUUAAACUUGCAUGCCUUGCUUUUUAAAAUGAUCAAGCGGGCGCUACCUAGGUAGUGUGCCUUCCCCACAAUGGCUCCUUGAGCAAUGACCUCCUCUUUUGCUCCUCCAGCCGACAUGAAGGUGACUCAGAAAGGCUUCAGCUUUCCGCGGAAGUUCAACCUUCCCUUCUAUUUUGUGUCUGCUGCAGAUGGCACCAAUGUGGUGAAGGUAGGAGAGAGCUUUCGCCUGGGAGGGAGGCAGGACCUGCGGCUGGCAGGCUUCCUGGGGGGAGGAGCUGAUGGGUGGUGGAAUCGGCUUGGCAGCCGCCCUCCUACGGUGGAAAAAGGGGUGGGAGAAACCCAGAGCCCACCUUCUUACCUCUUCAGUGGUCUCCCUUCCUCUCCCACCAGGUCUUCAACGAUGCCAUCAAGCUGGCUGUGGCCUACAAACAGAAUUCAGAAGACUUUAUGGAUGAAGUCUUGAAGGAACUGGAAGUAAGAGCAAAUCUCCCCAGUGUGUUCCCGCACCCUGUCCUUGUGAGGCCCCCCAGCCCUUGGAGACUUGCGCCGCAUUCCUUUGGGAGAGCACAGAACCCAGCACUUUAUAGAGUUGGAAGGGACCCAGGGGGGUCAUCUAGACCAAACCCCUGCAAUGCAGGGAUCACAGCAACUGAACUGCCUUUUAAUUGAACUGCUUUGAAGCCCCCGCAAGCCUGUAGUGACCUCUGGUUUUGACAGCCACUACAGCUGGCUGCGGCUGAAGAGCCCCUUUUCACCCCUUGCCUUGGCUCAUGGGCCCAGCUGCCAGUCCCACCCCUGCCGCACUUCCGCUUUGAGCAGCUACAGGCUCCGGCUGCUUUCCUUUUCCUCUGUGGCCAUUCCUGCUCUUCCCUGCUACUCUCGCUUCUGGCUGCAGGUGAGAGCAGCUGCUGUCAGGGAUCGAGCAAUAAAAAACAGCCAGAGCAGCAAGGCCCUUGUUUCUUCUGCGACAGAAAAGCCAGGUGCUGCGGCAAGAGGAACAGGGUGAUGGCAACAUGGCUGCCUCCUUACUGGGAAGGGUGGUAGUCGUACUUAAUAGUUAGUGUAUGCCCUGUGUUCAAUUGGCACUUUGCAAAAAAAAUUAAUACAAGAACAGUAAUUUAAAUACAGUGAAAACAAUCUCAAACUUACAUUGUUGUUGUUUAGUCGUUCAGUCAUGUCCGACUCUUCGUGACCCCCUGGACCAGAGCACGCCAGGCACUCCUGUCUUCCACUGCCUCCAACAGUUUAGUCAAACUCAUGCUGGUAGCUUCAAGAACACUGUCCCACCAUCUCGUCCUCUGUCGUCCCCUUCUCCUUGUGCCCUCCAUCUUUCCCAACAUCAGGGUCUUUUUCAGGGAGUCUUCUCUUCUCAUGAGGUGGCCAAAGUCUUGGAGCCUCAGCUUCAGGAUCUGUCCUUCCAGUGAGCACUCAGGGCUGAUUUCCUUCAGAAUGGAUCGGUUGGAUCUUCUUGCAGUCCAUGGGACUCUCAAGAGUCUCCUCCAGCACCAUAAUUCAAAAUCAUCCAUUCUUCCGCGAUCAGCCUUCUUUAUCGACAAACUCAGAUAGGCAGACGCAAACUGGGACAGCAGAAGCCUCAAUUGCUGCUGCCUGUAGUGACUGUUGGAACUGAGAAGGACUUGGAAGGAAAGAUUCCAUGCCGGAGCCCCCCAAGAGGUGGACUGGCCUUUUUCUCUGAUGUUUUGCUGUUCCAACUUUCUCUUGUCUUCUUUCAGAAUUUCGAACUGGAGAAGAAGGGGGAGGACUCGACUGACAAAGAGGAGAACAGCCCAGAAGAAAAUCCCCCGUCAACCUGAGGCCAGGGAAUGGGGUGGCCUAGAUCCACUUCCUCGAGUAGCUAGGGGCGCCCAGUUUGGCAGGGACUUGGGGGUGGGGAGCAGUGCUCCCUGCACAGAGGUGCCGGCCCUCCCUCCCUAAGGGAGGCAACCUGACAGAGAUCAGCUCUGCUCCUCUGGAUCCUUGUGGUGUGGGUGACCAGGCAGAGAACCCGUAGCAGUUCCCUCCCCUUAAGAAUGCUGGGGAGGUGGGGGGAAUAUAUGGUUUGGUGGGAGUUGGGCUCACGGAUCCCCCCCGCCCCACAUCUUGGGGAUCUUCAGCCAUGAGCUAUUGUGGAUGGCGUCUGCCUUCAGAAAUAAAUAUUUGAAGGACUUGCGGCAGAG